AUGAUAGAAAACACAAAUGAGAAUACUCGUCAACAUCAACAGAACGUUCUUCUGCUUCUUGAAGAAAAACUAAGUACUUGCAUUAAGCGUCUGGAAAAGUUGGAAGCACAUAAGGCCGCCUCCAUUCAAGUGAAAAAAUACUUUGAUCUUGAAAAUUUAAAAUUAGUCUCACCUCGAAAAGAAGACACCUCCUUAGAGGUCUCGAGCUCCUUGUCAAGCGAGGAAUAUUUAUUAUAUAAACAGGAAAAUGAAAACUUGUUAGAAGAGUUGAAUAACAAACGGGAUACAGUGUUGGUUAUUGUUGAAAGUCUGCAUGAGCUCUCAGAAAUGCAAAAUACCCUCUGCAGACACAUCUACGAACAAACAGAACAACUCGAGCAUGUCGAUCAAAACACGGUAGAAGCAACUGAAAGCAUUAUUGAAGGAAAUAAACAACUUGCGGAGGCCGUAGAAAGCGUCUUUUAUUUCUGGACUGGUAUGGUUAAAAAUCUUUAAAGACAAACCUACUUUACUCUUAAUUCCUUUG